UUCUUGUCUUUUUGAACAAUAAAGCAUAAUUACAUAUAAUAGUUUCUUCUCUGAAAAAGGUUUGAUUUUGAGAAAUGGGUGGGAACAAGAAGAGGAAGAGAAAGGAAGAAGAAGGAAGCAGCGUGUAUUCGGAAACCCCACCGGACUUUGCUCUUUUGGCUUCCCUCUACCCUUCCUUCCACCCUUUCGUUCAAUUCUCACGUCGCGCCACCAUCGAUUGGACCGACUUCAACGCCACUCGCGAACUCACGCGCGUGUUGCUCCAUCACCGCCACGCCCUCAAUUGGUGGAUUCCUGUUGGUCAACUGUGUCCCACUGUACCCAACAGGUGCAAUUACAUUCGUUGGCUUCAACAUCUUCUCUCCUCCAACCUUAUUCCCAACUACGUUUCAAGUGAUGGGAAGGUUAGGGGAUUUGACAUUGGGACUGGAGCUAGUUGCAUUUACCCCCUUCUUGGUGCUUCUCUUCAUGGAUGGGCUUUUGUAGGAUCAGAUGUGACUGAUGUUGCAAUUGAGUGGGCAGAGAGAAAUGUUAAUAGUAAUCCACAUAUUUCUGAACUGAUUGAAAUCAGAAAAGUUCAAGGCAAUGCAAAUGCUCCUGGUGUGGAAGUUGAGGAGUCCGUGAAUGGGGAUGAGAUAACCCUGUGCAAGAGUACUGAUACUGAGGUAGAUUCUUUGCCUCAUGGUUUUCCUGACAGCGAGAAUAAGAAUUAUUAUGGGCCUCCCAUACUUGUUGGUGUAGUCAGGGAUGACGAGAAGUUUGAUUUCUGCAUGUGCAAUCCGCCAUUUUUUGAAAGCUUGAAGGAAGCUGGACUCAAUCCCAAAACUUCUUGUGGUGGGACCUCAAAGGAAAUGGUUUGCCCUGGUGGUGAAAAGGCCUUCAUUACACGUAUCAUUGAAGAUAGCGUUCAACUGAAGCAUCAGUUUCGGUGGUUUACUUCAAUGUUAGGUAAAAAAUCGAAUCUCAAGUACCUUAUAUCGAAACUUUGGGAGGUUGGAGUUGCCAUAGUCAAGACAACUGAAUUUGCCCAAGGCAGGACAUAUCGUUGGGGGCUUGCUUGGUCUUUCUUGACUCCCAUGCAGAAGUCAUCAAUUUCUUUACCCGACAAGAAAAACAUGUCCUUCACACUUGAGGGUCUUCAACGCCAACAUGGUGCCUUUAAUGUGUUGGAAGCUGUCAAAUUUUACUUUUCUUCGCAUGGCCUAUCCUGUAAAUUAAAUACCUCCUCUUUCACAGUGGAUGUUGCAGCAUCAAAAGAUGAAUGUGAUUCGAUCUUGAGGAAUGAAUUACCCAUUAUCAAUAAAUCCAUGGAUUUCCAACCUAUAAGAGAGACAUCUAAUGGAACGAGUUUGAAUUCUUCUCUUGAGAGAUUAUGCUUUCGUAUAUCGGUUUUUCAGCAAAUCCCUGGGACACUGUUGGUGAAAGGUUCAUUACAAGACAGGAAUAGCCCAUUAUCAGGAACAUUCUCAGUGAUUUUCCAAAAAGUGGAGGAAGCUUUGCGGAAUAAAUUUUGUACGAAAUCUGUUUAGGGUUUUGAUUAUUCGAUUUAUUGUUUGGGACGGUGACUGUAUAUGAUAUGGAAUGUUGAGAAGUACGCUAGUGUUAUUAAUUUGUGGACUGAUGGUUUAUACAAAGCAGGUAGUGAUUAUUAGGGAUAUAGAUUGUAAUCGGUACUUGACCUAUAUUAAGGCUCUCACAGUGAUUUUGUAAACACACUUUUCUAAUUCAAUUCAAUAGUAUAUUG